UGAAAAGAAAGGAGGAAAAAAAAGCAAAAAGUAGUGUGAUUCAGUCAAACUUCAUUUCACAAAAAUUGAAACUCUAUAGUUUUCAUGAUUAGUAGUAAAUGCGAAUGAAUAUAAAUGAAUUGAAUGAGAUGCAACAGAGAGAGAGAGAGAGAAAUGGGGAAGAAGGCGAUGGAAACGCGGCGUAUUGAAUUACAUACACACACGUGGUGUGGUGAAAGCGAGGGAAACGGCCAUCAAUCGGUUGGAUUGAAUUCCGUUUCCAGCUUAGGUCUUCAUCGUUUUUCCAAUACUAUUCCUUCCCUUCGAUUUCGAAUUUCCAUUUCGAUUCAUCGCCGUGUUUCCUAAGUUUGUUUGAUCGAUCGAUUUCCAUCGCAUAUACAUUCAGUAAUUAAUUGGCUGCGGUUGAAGUAGGGGGUGAGGGAUGGUGAAGGAGACGGAAUACUACGAUGUGCUGGGUGUGAGCCCCACCGCCACCGAGGCUGAGAUUAAGAAAGCAUAUUACGUUAAGGCAAGGCAGGUUCAUCCAGAUAAAAACCCGAAUGAUCCUUUGGCUGCACAGAACUUUCAGAUACUGGGAGAGGCAUAUCAAGUGCUGAGUGAUCCUGGACAAAGACAAAAAUACGAUGCUAAUGGGAAGGCUGGAAUCUCAGCAGACUCAAUUAUUGAUCCUGCAGCAAUCUUCGCCAUGCUUUUUGGAAGUGAGCUUUUUGAGGAAUACAUUGGAAAGCUUGCCAUGGCAUCUAUUGCUUCCUUGGAUGUUUUUUCAGAUUCUGAAAACAUUGAUUCAAAAAUGUUGCAGGAGAAGUUGCGGGCUGUCCAGAAAGAGAGAGAAGAGAAGUUGGCUAAUUCACUUAGAGAUCGACUCAAUGUGUAUGUCCAAGGGAAUAAAGAGGAAUUCAUUGCUCAGGCCGAAGCCGAAGUAACUAGACUCUCCAAUGCUGCAUAUGGUGUGGAUAUGCUGAGUACCAUUGGCUAUAUAUAUGCAAGACAGGGGGCAAAAGAGCUUGGAAAGAAGGCGAUGUACUUGGGGGUCCCGUUCGUUGCUGAGUGGUUCAGAAAUAAAGGACACUUCAUCAAAUCCCAAGUAACUGCUGCCACAGGUGCAAUCGCCUUGAUUCAACUGCAAGAAGAUAUGAAAAAACAGCUGAAUGCUGAAGGAAACUACACCGAGGCUGAACUUGAGGAAUACAUGCAAUCGCACAGGAAGUUGAUGAUCGAUUCCCUAUGGAAGCUAAACGUGGCGGACAUUGAAGGCACACUCUCCCACGUUUGUCAGAUGGUGCUUCAAGAGAACAAUGCAAAGAAAGAAGAGCUGUGUGUAAGGGCAAAGGCCUUGAAAACCCUGGGCAAAAUUUUCCAGAGGGUGAAGGAAGUUAAUGGAAGUGAAACUGACAACAAUAACAUACCAAAUGUUCCAAUCAUCAGAGCAGGUCCAAAUGAGGCAAGCAGCAAUAACGCAGAGAAGCCCUCCCCGAAUGUGAAUAUCCCAGUGGCAUCAGGUGCUCAGGGUCAGGGACAAUGAUCAACCUUUUUAAUUUUGGUAUUCUAAACUUUGUAUCUACUUGGUUACUAGUAUUUCCUACUUAUGCUGUCACUAUAAAACUAAGUGGUAUAUAUAUCUAGGUAGGUUCUUAUAUUGUA